AUGAGUACUGCGGAGGGUUCUGUUUUGCGAGCACUUUCUACUGCGGAUAUUGUUGAGUCCGACAUUUUGGCUGAUGAAUUGCGGGUGGACCAUCAGGACGUUGUGGGUGCGAUCAAGUCGCUGGAGUCCGACGGUUAUGUGGUGAGUGAAAUAAAGACAAAGCCGAGAUGGAAGUUGACGGGCGAGGGCCUUAAGAUCUGCGAGAGCGGCAGCCCCGAGUUUCUUCUCUGGCAGCUGCUGGAGAAGGGCGAGAUGUCGCAGGAGGCCGUGGCGGAGGUGUUGGGAAAGGAGAUGAUGGCCGUGGCCAUGUCGAACGGCAUGAAGGCGAAGAUCUUUACACUAAACAAGAAAGAUGGUAAAGUUACACUGAGCCGCUCCUCCGCUGUUAAGGAGUUCCACGACAGUGUACGUCACGCACUGACACAGGCAAAGAAGGAUGAACACGUUGACCCAAAGGAUACUGAAAUGCUUAAAAAACGUAAAUUGGCAACAUUAGACAGUUUAAAGGUUUUCUGUGUGCGAAAAGGACCUAAUUACGCCUUGGAGCGCCGUGCAAAGGCUGCCGGAGAUCUAACAAAGGAGAUGUUACAAGAUGGUUCAUGGAAAACAACAGAGUUUAAGGAGUACAAUCUUGCUGCGGAAGGACGUGAGGUAAGCUGUGGUCAGUUACACCCACUACUUAAGGUUCGGCAGGAGUUCCGAGAAAUAUUUAUGGAACUUGGUUUUCAAGAGAUGGAAACAAAUCAUUGGGUGGAAUCAUCAUUCUGGAAUUUUGAUGCACUCUUUAUUGGACAAAAUCACCCUGCCCGUGAUGUGCAGGAUACUUUCUUUGUCUCUAAACCAGCAACCCAUGAGAUAAGAGAUCGUGAUGUAGUGGAUCGCGUACGCCAAAUGCAUGAAGAAAAGUUCAAAUAUACAUGGAGAGAAGAAGAAGCACAACGUAACGUUUUGCGUACACACACUACAGGUUGUUCAGGUUUUUGGCUCCAUCAAAUUGCAAAGCUUUCUCCGUUACUGCCAGAUGGACGUCGGGAAUUCCGUCCUGGCCGUUAUUACAGUAUUGAUCGUGUGUUCCGUAAUGAAGAAAUGGAUCGGACACAUUUAUGCGAAUUUCAUCAAAUUGAAGGAUGGGUUAUUGAUCGCAAUAUCUCCUUAUCGAAUAUGAUGCAUACAUUCCAAUUAUUCUUUAACCGUAUUGGAGUGGAAAAGCUGCGCUUCAAGCCUGUUUUUAACCCUUAUACGGAGCCAUCGAUGGAGAUAUUCGGUUGGCACAAACAGUUAAAGCGCUGGAUUGAGGUGGGUAACAGUGGUCUCUUUCGUCCAGAAAUGCUUGAGCCACUUGGUUUCGACGAGGAUGUUACGGUAAUGGCUUGGGGACUUUCACUCGAACGGCCCACUAUGAUAAAAUACGGUCUAUCGAGUAUUCACGAGCUCUUUGGUCAUAAGGUAGACUUACGCUUCAUCAAGAAAUCUAAGUUGUUGCGUUUCUAA